AUGGCCGGGGAACCGCUGCUGCCGCGAGAGGACGUGAUCGCGUACGCCGCAUCCAAGCGUAAAAGUGAGGACGCGCCCUUCACGGCGACCACCACCAUCACCCCCUCCUCCUCGUCGGGCGACGCCAAGGCGGGCGGGUACAAGCAGCUGCUAGAGGAGGGCGAGGAGCCGCCUGCGGCGGCGCGGGGUGGCGUGUGGGGCGCCUUUGACGCGGCGCGGCAGUGGGUCGGCGACGUGGUUGGCAGCGCGUACGAGUAUGUCAAUAAGCGGUGCGGCAUCGAGACAAAGAUCCGGCAGGCGCGCAGCUGUGCGCGCAUAUCGAUUCGCAAAUGCGUGCCGGCGCCGAUCCAGAAGCGACUCCCCUGCUUUGGGUGGAUCGACGAGGCGCUCAAGCCAGGCCCCAUGUACGACGACGAACCCAAAACGCUCGAAGGCGCGAGCAAGGCCGCGCGAAAUACACAUGCGGCGAGAAGCAAGAUGAGAACGGCGUGUUUUGAGGUAGGCAUCCAAAAGAAGACGGACGAGAUGCGCGCGGCGUUCAGAGAGGACGCACAGCGGCGUCUCGCGAAGUUGGCGGGUGGCUCCCUGCCCGUGAAGCCCGUGACUGUUCGGCCGAACCAGCAAGGCUCCGCGAAAGCCAUGGCGGAGCGUAUCGUCUCCAGGUGCGGCGCGCCGAAAAAGGGGCACAAGUGCACCGCGGUCGAGUUCGACUUCCAAACGGGACAGCCAUUGCUUCCGAAGAAGGACUGGAGCAGGGAGGAGGAUGAGCUGAUUGUGCGCGAGGUGGUGUCGAAUGGUGGCCGUUGGCGCAACAUCGCCAAGCAGCUGUCGGGCCGAACCGACGACGCCGUGCGCAAUCGAUGGAAUCGCCUCAACUCGCUCAUGGGCGGCGGUGGGCGCGCCUCCAAAGAGGAGAAGCCUCAAGGAUGGGGGGUGCACGCUGAUGAUCCUGGUAGCAGAAACACCCAAGGCCAAGCCAGCGAGGUUGUCGUCGAGCAAGGCGAAGGCCGUCGUGAGAAGCGUCAAGCGUGUGAAGCAUGA